GUCCCACACACAGCAAAAAAAUGUUACGAUAUAAUUCACAGAUUUAAUAUCUGACCCAACCUAUGAUUUAACUACAUAUUCUAGUUGAUGAUGGAGGAAACUUUGUAUUCAAAUUCUAGGAACAAGGUCCAACCGUCCAAGCUAAGGCGUAUUUUCCGCUCAUUAGCUCAAAUGAAGCCCACCUCCUCUCCCCAGAGAAAGAGCUCCUUCUCCUUCUAUGCCCUUACUCUAUCAUUCGUCGUCUUCGUGACCGUCCUCUAUGGUGAAGACUUCAGCUGCAUCUUAAGGCAACCGUUUCUGAAAUCCCUACAGCUCCAAGGCGCAGAAAAACAAGAAGAAUCCAUAGCAACACAAGAGGAGGAUGCUGUCUUACCAUUUGCCAUCGGAAGGACGGAGAAGAGGUGCGACGUGUUCAACGGUACAUGGGUCUAUGACAAUGUAACAAGGCCUUACUACGCUGAGCCAGAUUGCCCUUUCAUCCAGCCUCAGCUGAAGUGCCAAGCUUAUGGGAGGAAAGACAGGGCAUACCAGAACUGGAGAUGGCAACCUCAUGGAUGCUCUCUGCCAAGCUUUAAUGCCACCUUUAUGCUUGAAAUGCUCCGAGGGAAGCGAAUGAUGUUCGUCGGAGACUCCUUAAAUCGGGGUCAGUUCCUCUCCAUGGUAUGUCUCCUACAGCGUGCUGUUCCAAAGGGCUUCAAAUCUAUUCAAAUCGUUGGAUCACUUACCGUCUUUAAAGCUGAGAACUACAAUGCUACGCUCAUGUUCUACUGGGCUCCUUUUCUGGUGGAAUCAAACUCUGAUAAUGCCAUCGUGCACCGGGUGAAGGAUAGAAUAGUUCGUGCCAGGUCCAUUGACAAGCACGCCCAACACUGGAAGGGAGUCGAUAUCAUGGUCUUCAACACCUAUAUGUGGUGGAUGACAGGCCAAAAGAUGAAGAUAUUGCGUGGGUCUUUCGACGGGGAUUUAAAGGAUAUUAAGGAGAUGGAAACAGAGGAAGCGUAUCGUUUGGCGUUGAGGAGUAUGGUGAGAUGGGUAGAGAAGAACAUGAAUCCAGGGAAGACCAGGGUCUUCUUCACGAGCAUGUCGCCUGCUCAUGAGAGGAGCAUGGAAUGGGGAGGUGAGCCAGAUGGUAAUUGUCACAACGAAACAACUCCAAUUCUCGACAACCCAGCAUACUGGGGAUUUGCUUCUAGUAAAAGCAUAAUGCAAGUUGUCAAGAAAGUUUUAAGCAAAUCAAAAGUUCCCAUCAUGGUUCUGAACAUCACCCAACUCUCAGAGUAUCGCAAGGAUGCACAUACCUCGAUUUACAAGAAGCAGUGGAAUAAGUUGACACCUGAGCAAUUGGCAAACCCUAGAAGCUAUGCUGAUUGUGUCCACUGGUGUUUGCCUGGCCUACAAGAUACUUGGAAUGAGCUUUUGUACACCAAGCUCUUUUUUCCUUAAGAGCAAACAUUUAUGUAUGAAGGGUUAUAUUUUAAUGACCAUAACCCAAGUUCCCUUUUCUUCUAAACUGAUCAUUCUUUUUCUUUCUUUCUUAUAUCCUAUGUUAACAUCCAUAAUCUUGUGCUCAAUGUUAAUUUGAUAGUCAUAAAUUGUUGAUAAA